GACUGUAUCCCAUGAUUCUUUGGCAUUUGGCACCUGGUGUGCUUGGGAAAUGAAACUAGACAAGAGGAAUGUGAGAGGAAAGAGAAGGAAGCAAAGCUAUCUUUCCCUUUCACAUUUUCUUGAGUUUAGUAAUAUCAGGAAAUAGGAGAAAAUUCAACCAUGGCCCCAAGGAAGAGAGGUGGACGCGGAAUUUCGUUUAUCUUUUGCUGUUUCCGAAACAAUGACCACCCAGAAAUCACAUAUCGGCUUCGAAAUGAUAGCAACUUUGCACUUCAGACCAUGGAGCCAGCACUGCCCAUGCCCCCUGUGGAGGAGCUGGAUGUCAUGUUCAGUGAACUUGUGGAUGAACUUGACCUCACAGACAAACACAGGGAAGCCAUGUUUGCACUUCCAGCGGAGAAAAAGUGGCAGAUAUACUGUAGCAAGAAAAAGGUAAGAUAAGCAUUGUGAUCACAGUUAACUACAAGAGUAUCACUUCUGAUUUCCUCUGCUCUGGAAUUUCAUCAGCAGGACUCAGAAAGCUCUUUGUGAGGUGGAGACCAGUUUGAACAUGUCAUGUUGAGUGUGGCCUUGCGGCUACACACAGAUGUUAUUUUUAUGAGCAGGUCACUGGGCUCCAGCACCUGUUACUAUAACUUAUAAUUGUGUGUAAUUGAGACCUAAAAUAACAAAGGAUUGCAUGAAAUAGAAGCAUCUCCCCUGCUUCUUUGUAGCAGUUUGUAUCCAGGUAGAUUAGGGUAUCAUGGCUUUAUGUUUACAUAAUGUAGUAAAACGUUACAUUUUUUUGCCUCUAUAGUGUAGCUUCAUUGUCCCCAUAGUUCAAAGUGCUCUUCAGCCAUUUCACAUUCCAGAGUAAAGAAUGAGAAAUGAGUCAAAAGGAACAUACUCUCUACUCCUACUUUUAGGGACA